AGCCUAAUCCACUUGUUUUGUUUAAGCGAUCACAGGGGACCGACCACACCGAGACACUUGUCGGCAACGCUGUAGGACUACAACGCAGCUGGGCCGAGAAGAUGGGAAAUUUUACAGGGAGAACUUUGCUCCUGUGAGGACGUGAGAAGUAUCAGUGAUAAGAGCAAAGGAUCAUGGGAUGUGGCUUGAGAAAAGAGCACCCAAAGCAAUGUGACAGAGUGAGCCUUUCAGUUCCAGGUAAAUACCUUUUAAUUCCAUCACAUCCUAGCGUUUGAUGGUAAAUAUAAUAUGUUUAAUACGAGUAUACAACUUCAUGCGCUCCCCCAAGCUGCUACCGGUGAGUCUGUUGAUUUGAUUGAUGCACAUCAUAGAAAUACAUGUUUUUUUUGUGUGUGUGUGUUUUUUAAAUACCUCUUUUGUCUUAGCGAUCAGGGCGGCUCUGUUGAUCCAACGCUGGUAUCGUCAGUAUGUUGCUCGGCUGGAGAUGAGACGCAGAUGCACAUGGAACAUCUUCCAAUCCAUUGAAUAUGCUGGCGAGCAAGACCAGAUCAAGCUGUACAAUUUUUUUGGUUUCUUGAUGGACCACUUCACCCCAGCCAGCAGUGAGCGAAAGCUAAUAUCACACAUUUUCCGUGAGAACGAAGUCUGCCGUGACACGGAAUGGGAGCAUUGCUUUUGCUACAAGAGUAUCGAGGUGCCAGACGGGUACACAGGCCCUCGGCUGACCUUCCCCAUGACCUUCUGUGGCGUGUCCAAGCUGGUGGAGGCCUUCAAGCACAAACAACAGCUCCAUGCUCGCUAUGUUCUGCAACUUCUUGGGGAGACUUGGCAACUGUUGCGGUUCCUUCCAAAUAUCAACCACGUCUCCGUCUGCCAUACCAGGGAGCUAACUAUAUGCGGCGAUUUACACGGACACCUCGAAGAUCUGCUGCUGAUAUUCUACAAGAACGGGUUGCCUUCAUCGGAGAAACCAUAUGUUUUCAACGGCGACUUUGUAGACCGGGGCAAAAACUCGUUGGAGAUCCUGCUCAUCCUCUUUGGGUUCUUGCUGGUCUAUCCUAACAACGUCCAUCUGAACCGGGGGAACCACGAGGACCACAUUGUUAACCUCAGAUAUGGUUUCACCAAAGAAGUUCUGGGAAAAUACAGGGUGCAUGGAAAAAAGAUCUUAAAGCUCCUCCAGAAGAUCUUCAGCUGGCUGCCCCUAGCCACUGUAGUGGAUCACAGGGUGCUAAUUGUGCAUGGAGGGAUCUCUGACUGCACAGACCUCAAUGUAAUAGCCAGACUGGACAGACACAAAUACAUCUCCACCCUGAGGCCUCCAAAGCAAGGCCUUCAAACUGCCAGCAAUAGAAGGACAGCAGACAACCGGGAUGAGGAACCAGCAGAAAGUAGACGUCGUGUAUAUUCCCUGACUCAGGUGAGGUCCACGCCAACUCAUAGGCAUGACUUUCCGCGCCGCUCGCUUCAAAACUUGCCUCUACGGGACCAACUGCACUGGUCAGUGGAGAUGGAGCUGAAGAAGAGGCGAAGACAAGCUGGUUUUGACCAGUCGUAUGGAGACCUGAAUAAAUCUGACUUAGACUUUGGGGACACCGAGGCCAAUGACCAUGAGUGGAAGCAAGUAGUGGACGUGUUGUGGAGCGACCCAAUGGCUCAGAAUGGCUGUAUUCCCAAUGAGGUGCGAGGUGGAGGAUGCUACUGGGGCCCGGAUGUCACCGAGGAUGUUCUGGGACGACACAACCUGCAGCUUCUCAUCCGCUCGCACGAGUGCAAACAAGACGGCUAUGAAUUCUGCCACAAUCAGAAGGUGCUUACUAUAUUCUCAGCUUCCAACUACUACGAAGUAGGCAGCAACAGAGGAGCCUACAUCAGGAUGGGCUCUGACCUGAACCCUCACCUUGUUCAGUAUCAAGCCAGCAGGACGUGCAGGGAGCGAACCCUGCGACAAAGUGUCGGGUGGACAGAGAGGUCGGCCCUGCGAGCACUGAGGGAACAACUGUUUGUCCAUAAAUCGGAUCUCACCAGUGCCUUCCAGGCGUUUGAUCCAAACAACACGGGGUUGAUCGCUGCACGGGACUGGGCCACUGCCACAGAGUGUGUCCUGAAGCUGGGUUUACCCUGGAGGGUGCUGCGUCCUCAGCUUGUGAGCAGCACCAAGCAGGGCAUGGUGGACUACCAGCAGUGGAUAAGGCAGCUCUCACAUACAGAGCCUCAUUUGGAGAUCUCAGACACUAGCAUCCUUGAGACCAUGUACAAGAACCACUCCAACCUUGAGACCAUCUUCCGGAUCAUAGACACAGACCAUUCAGGUCUGAUCUCCCUCCAGGAAUUUCAUCAAACCUGGAAACUGUUAAGCUCACACCUCAAGAUGGAAAUCAGUGACAAGGCUGUGGAGGACUUGGCUCACAGCAUCGACUUCAACAAGGAUGGGGUCAUCGAUAUCAACGAGUUCAUGGAGGCGUUCCGCCUGGUGGACGUCUCUGCACAAGAAUAGGCAAAGCUGAAAAGUUUGGAUUGGGACGUUUUCAAGGAUUCAAAUGGGAACGUUACAGCAAACUUGAUGCAGUUUUCAAUGUUGUUGACGCUGUUUAACAGCAUGUUCUCAAGAUCAUGUACAUGAAACCUUACCUUUUAGUUUUGUAUGUUGACAUCCACCACGAUGCUAUUUCUGUUGUUUACAAGAAAAAACAGAUUGGAGGACAUCAAUAACAGAUCUUAAGGGUUGAUUACGUCAUAAGUACAAGAAAAAAAAUGGCCAAUUCAAAAUCCGGUGCGCCUGCAUAAUCUACUGCGAUCCAGUACAAGAACUGUGUGAAAAUUUGUGUUACCUUAUUUAGCGUCAGAAACAGCUCAGUAUGACACAGUGAAGGCCUACCACCACAAUAACGUUAAAUUGAUUUAAAUUGUAAAUAGGUAUCACUAAAAUUACCUAAUUGAACAUCAAAUUGACACAAUUUUUAAAAAUUACUAAUUUUGCUAAAUACAAAUAAAAAUGUGCAGGUGUAUCUCCUGUGAAUCAUGUGUAUUGUGCUAAUUGUACUAAAAUUUGAGUUACCUUUUUUAGCAUCAGAAACAGCUGCAAUAAUCCAUCCAUCCAUCUUCGAUGCCGCUUAUCCUCAGUAGGUUCGCGGGUAUGCUGGAGCCUAUCCCAGGUGACAUCGGGCGUGAGGCGGGGUACAUCCUGGACUGACGCCAGCCAGUCGCAGGGCACAUAUGGACAAAGAAUCAUUCGUAUAUUGCAUAUACAGUAGCUACCAAAUACUGUAGAGGCUGUGUAGUUUGGGGGCCAAUGAUGUCUGACCAAUGACCUGCACAUUACCCAAGACUUGAUGGACUCCAGAGCAUUCAAUACGAAGUCUUAAGUAAACAAUAGAGACCUUCAGAAAUAAUCUCUGUGGAAGCAGCUUAAUCCACUCUGCUGCCAUCUGUGGUUCAUCAGGGCCGGGGUGUGAAUCCGCAACGUGAAUCCUAUCAAGUGAAGCCCUACUUUGAUGAGAUGUUGGAAAAAGCUCGCCUGAGGAAAUAAUCAUGGUGCAUGUGAGGUGACUAUAAGUAUUAUAUUAUAUAUAGUUGUGCUCAUAAGUUUGAAUUCCCUGGCAGAAGCAUCAAAACGUCCGUAACAAAUUUAUUUUGGGUGUUUUGCCCCAAAACAUAAACGCUCCCUUUGGAGAAGAGUCAACAAGGUUGACAUCAUUCAUACUGUGAAACACGGAGGUGGUUCGCUGAUGUUUUGGGCAUGUGAGCUACAAAGGCACAUGCGACUUGGUCAAAAUGAUGGCAAGAUGAAUGCAGCAUGUUAUCGGAAAACACUGGAGGAAAAUUUCCACUUAUCAGACCGGAAGGUACGCGUGGGACAUACUUGGCUGCUCUAACAUAACAAUGAUCUAAAACGCAAAGCCAAAUCAACCCGUCCUUGGCAACAGCAGAAAAAAAAGAAGGUUCUGGAGUAGCCUUCCCAGUGUCCUGACCUCAAUAUAUUUUAGCCACUCUUGGGAGAGCUCAACAGUGCAGUUCAUGCAAGACGAUCCAAGAAUUUACAGGAACUGGAGGCUUUUUGCCAAGGGAAAUGGGAGGCUUCACCAUGUGAGAUAAAGUGCCUCAUCUACAAUGACCACAAGACUUCGAAGCUGUCACUGAUGUUAAACAGGGCAAUACGCGAUAUUAGGAACCAGAGUAUGUAGUUUUGAUCAGGGUCAUUUGUGUAGUUUCUGUUGUCAUUAAGAUAUAAAAAGAGCAAACGCGAUUGUUUAAUAAUAAAUGGCUUCACUAAAGCAAACUAACCAUGAAAGGAAGAAAAGCUUUUGUAUUUUCAUUCAUAUGCUCUGAAAAAUGGCCAAGAAAUCACAAAUUCUGCCAGGCUAUAUAAACUUAUGACCUUAUGGACUGUACUGAAGGGAAAAGAUGUAGCAGAGAGAUAAAAAGUUCCAACUGAAACGAAAUUUUAAUAACAUUCUAAUGGUAUAUAAAAGCAAUACAAAGAUGUAUGUACAAAUGUGUUUCAUUCAACACAUCUUUUCACUCCAGUUCGAAGUCUCAUAUCCAUAAUCUGAUUUGACAUGAAGGCUAUUAGUAGGCACUGUAAGCUUUCUUUAGCAGC